GCAGCAGCAGCUAAUCACCGGCAGUGACCGGGCGUGAACUUUAUCGUGCAGUUAGCUCACAACUUUACUCAAAGAGUACAAAACAGAAGCUAAACUCGGGCGGCAGCAGCUUCCCUCCACUCCGGUUCACUCAGAGGAAAUAAGGAAGUGACCAGCUGACUUACUUCCAGUUGUUUUCCGCCGGGCAAGAGAAAUGGUGCACAGAUGCUGACCGUGGAGUUUCCUGCGUGAAGAAGCGUCUCCACACUGGGUCAUGUUGUCUCUCAGAGCCAGACCUCCUCUGUCCUGACACAGGGAGUUUUACAACCAGGAUCUCGACUUUCUACCUCAGCACCACGUGGAGUCCACUCCCUCUGUUCUACCUCUUAGGACAUCCACUGCUCUUUUUCUACCUCAACACACACUGUACGUGCACAGACACACGUAGGUGUUAUCAGCCAGCUCAGAAACACCAACAGACUCUUCACUUUAUCAGCAGGCUCUCAGGUGUCAGUCAUCUAGUGACGGUGUAACACAGUGUCUUCCUGCUCUGCUGACAUAAUCACUAGCUGGGGAGGAGCCAAACAAAGCAGCCAUGUUUCAAAGGAGUUUGUGAUGUACCGGACCUGCGACGGACCAAGACCAGGGGACGGACAGGGGCGGAGUGACAGAGACGUUCCUCGGUUUGUGAUUGGCUGUGGGGAUGACAAGUAUGACAUGGGCCAAAUGGAGGCAGGCAUGAGGAAUGAGAUGUGUCGAGAAGAAGAAAUGGAGGACUAUGAGGAUGAGUCGCCACCAGAGCGACAGAUUGUGGUCGGCAUAUGUGCCAUGAUGAAGAAGUCCAAAUCCAAGCCCAUGACUCAGAUCCUGGAGCGCCUUUGUAAGUUUGACUACAUCAACGUUGUCAUCUUUCCAGAGGAGGUGAUCCUGGAGGAACCUGUGGAGAAAUGGCCCCUCUGCGACUGCCUCAUUUCCUUCCACUCCAAAGGUUUCCCUCUGGAUAAAGCUGUGGAGUACACCAAACUCAGGAAUCCACUGCUCAUCAAUGACCUCAACAUGCAGUAUUUCAUACAGGACAGGAGGGAAGUGUACCGGAUCCUACUGGAAGAGGGCAUUGACCUACCUCGUUAUGCUGUGUUAAACCGAGACCCAGACAAUCCCGAAGAGUGUAACCUGGUGGAGGGGGAGGACCAUGUUGAGGUGAAUGGGGAGGUGUUCCCUAAACCCUUCGUGGAGAAACCUGUGAGUGCAGAGGACCACAAUGUGUACAUCUAUUACCCAACGUCUGCUGGAGGAGGCAGCCAGAGACUCUUCAGAAAGAUAGGGAGCCGCAGCAGUGUGUACUCCCCAGAAAGCACCGUACGGAAGACGGGCUCCUACAUCUAUGAAGAGUUCAUGCCCACAGAUGGUACUGAUGUCAAGGUUUACACCGUGGGUCCAGACUAUGCCCACGCAGAGGCCCGGAAAUCUCCUGCCCUGGACGGAAAGGUAGAGAGGGACAGCGAGGGAAAGGAGAUCCGCUACCCUGUCAUGCUGACCGCCAUGGAGAAACUGGUGGCUCGCAAGGUCUGCCUGGCCUUCAAGCAAACAGUGUGUGGGUUCGACCUGCUCAGAGCAAACGGCCACUCCUAUGUCUGUGACGUCAACGGCUUCAGCUUCGUCAAAAACUCCAUGAAAUACUAUGACGACUGUGCCAAAGUCCUGGGGAACAUGGUGAUGAGGGAGUUAGCCCCUCAGUUCCACAUCCCCUGGUCCAUCCCCAUGGAAGCUGAAGACAUCCCCAUUGUCCCAACAACCUCAGGAACCAUGAUGGAGCUGCGCUGCGUCAUUGCCAUCAUCCGCCAUGGAGAUCGUACACCAAAGCAAAAGAUGAAAAUGGAGGUCCGACAUCCUCUAUUCUUUGAGUUGUUUGAGAAGUAUGGAGGCUACAAGUCAGGAAAGCUGAAGCUGAAGAAGCCAAAACAGCUACAAGAAGUGCUGGACAUUGCCCGCCUGCUGCUGGUCGAGCUGGGCCAGCACAACGACUGCGAGAUCGAGGAGAAGAAAUCUAAACUGGAGCAACUCAAGACUGUCCUGGAGAUGUACGGUCAUUUCUCAGGUAUCAACAGGAAAGUCCAGCUGACCUACCUGCGUAACGGCCAACCCAAAGCUUCGAGUGAAGAAGAAGACUCUAAAAAGGAUGGUCCAUCUCUACUGCUGGUAUUGAAGUGGGGCGGCGAGCUGACGCCUGCAGGCCGGGUUCAGGCUGAGGAGCUGGGCAGGGCCUUCCGCUGCAUGUACCCUGGAGGUCAAGGUGACUAUGCCGGGUUUCCAGGCUGUGGCCUCCUGCGCCUGCACAGCACUUACCGCCACGACCUGAAGAUCUACGCCUCUGAUGAAGGCAGGGUGCAGAUGACAGCUGCUGCUUUCGCAAAGGGUCUGCUGGCUCUAGAAGGGGAGCUGACUCCGAUCCUGGUUCAGAUGGUGAAGAGUGCCAACAUGAACGGACUGCUGGACAGCGACAGUGACUCUCUGACUGACUGCCAGCAGAAGGUGAAGGCCAGGCUGCAUGAAAUCAUGCAGAAGGGCCAGGAGUUCACAUCGGAGGACUAUGAGAAGUUGGCACCGACUGGCAGCCCAUCACUGGUGAACUCAAUGAAGGUCAUACAGGAUCCAGUCAAAACCUGUGACAAGGUGUACGCCCUCAUCCAGAGUCUCAAUUCACAGAUCCGCAAGAGGCUGGAGGACCCAAAGUCUGCAGACCUGCAGCUUUACCACAGUGAGACACUGGAGCUGAUGCUGCAGCGCUGGUCCAAACUGGAGAGAGACUUUCGCAUGAAGAACGGCCGCUACGACAUCAGCAAGAUCCCAGACAUCUACGACUGUAUCAAAUAUGACUCGCAGCAUAACGCCUCGCUUGGACUGGAGGACACGAUGGAGCUGUUCAGACUGUCCCGCGCCCUGGCUGACAUAGUCAUACCACAGGAGUACGGCAUCAGCAAAGCAGAGAAACUGGACAUUGCUCAGGCUUACUGUGUUCCUCUGAUGAAGAAAAUCCAGCUGGACCUGCAGAGGACCCACGAGGACGAGGCUGUCAACAAGCUGCACCCCCUAUAUUCCCGUGGUGUGAUGUCUCCUGGUCGUCACGUCCGCACACGCCUGUACUUCACCAGCGAGAGCCAUGUUCACUCCCUGCUGAGUGUUUUCCGCUACGGAGGACUGCUGGAUGAGGAGAAGGACCAGCAGUGGAAACAGGCCAUGGACUACCUGAGUGCUGUGACUGAACUCAACUACAUGACACAGAUCGUCAUUAUGCUGUAUGAAGACAACAAUAAGGAUCCCUCCUCAGAGGAGCGUUUCCACGUCGAGCUUCACUUCAGUCCAGGAGUCAAAGUGUGUGAAGAUGAGGAGAAUGUACCUCUGGGCUUCGGCUUCCGACCAGCCUCUUCAGAGAAUGAAGACAAGAAGCCCAAUCAAGGCAGUCUGGAGGACCUCUCCCAGGACCAGCUAGACCAGGCACUUCCUCUCUCUGAGCCAAUCAACAUCCAGCGAAGGUCCCCUAUGAUCCGCAACAGAAAGGCGGGCUCCAUGGAGGUCCUCUCUGAGAUCUCCCCCACCCAGUCCUCCAAAGGCUCCACAUCACACCGACUCUUCCCCUCGUGCUCGCGCCAGUCUCCUGAGAUCAAACCAGCCAGUGGCCUAGGGUCACUUUGCUCUGGCCUCUUCAGCGCCUCUGCCCUCGGGGUGUCCUGUAGCGCCCCCAACUUGCGGGACUACGUCCGCACGCACCACCACCUCCACCGAAAACCACCCCUGUCCCCCGGCAGUCUGCCGUGCAAGAUUGGCAUGUUCGAGCUGUUCUCUAUGCCGCCAGUAAAGAGAUUUUCUGUGUCGUUUGCCAGGCAUCCGACUAAUGAGCCCUCUGACGAGCUCCACGUAGUCCAGCGGCUGGGGGGGCUUCCCACUGAGCCGGCUCUGCAGGGGUUUGCCCCUCUGGCUGUGGACGGGGCCGUAGCCCACCACCUGCGCCACUGUCCCUACCACCUCCGCCUCCUCAAGAGCUGGCUGAUGUCUGGUCAGGAGCUCCCAGAAUCCCUCCAGGGCUUUGAAGGCUGCUCCAUGGUGCCCUCUAUCUACCCACUGGAGACGCUGCACAACUUGCUGUCACUGAAACAGGUGGACGAGUUUCUCAACAAGGUGUGUGAGAGCAGCAGCGAGGCCCACGCCAAGACCAUGAAAGUGCUCUCCAGCCUGUUUGACUCCCAGAGCCAGACGUCUCUGUACAGCCCUCAGCAGCCUCUGUCCUCCUCUGGAUCUGAAACGUCUCUUCGACCGCCAAGCCGGCCUCUGUGGCAUGGCAGUGUCCCCUCCAGUGCUGUAUCCAGUGCAGGCCCCUCCUCCCCGACCACAGAGAGCUCUGGCCCAAACUUCAGCUUCAGUGAGUAGACGCUGUGUCUGGAAAAAACACAAGGACUUCUGGGUAUCUAAGGGCACGAUCUGAAGACCUCGGUUUGUUCAUCUCUCCGUGUUUUCAUUCAUCUUUCCAACUCUCCCUCUGCUCACAUUCACAAAAAGAAAACACUGGAAGAGAUGCUGAUCCUGGAAAGAGGCCAGCUCUGCCUCAAGUAUUACAAACACUCAGACUGUAAAUAUAACCACUCAGACUGCUCCUGGACUCUUCACCUGUACACAUGUGAUCACACCUUCCACUGCUCCGUAAAAGAGAGAAAACACUGGGCCUGCAACAGUUAAAAAUCUCUCAUCACCGUCGAUCCUCCUCCCUCAGUUUGUCGACACAUUCAUAAACCAUCUCAGACUGAGUAACAGAGCAUCACGCCAACAUUCAGACCAGUUGUGCCUUUAGUUUAAUUUGGAUGCUGCCUACGCUACGACAACAACAGUGCCUGUUUGUUUUUGUUUUUCUUUGUAGCCCAAAUGCUGUUUUACAAAAUAUCUCACACACCAGCUGCCUCAUCUCUGACAUUAGACGUGUGUGGCUGAAAUGCUUUACAGACUGUGAGUCAAAGUGUCAACCAUCAUUCAUUUGAAUUAGAAUUUCAUUGUUGUGCUGCAGCAGUGUGGCCCGCCAGUCACAGCCCACCAUUACAAAAAAACAGGCUGUAGUUUCGACAGUCAGGUGUAAUUUAGUGACAUUUAAACACUUUGACUUACAGUUUGUUUAAGCAGCAAAUGUCUGCACACAGGCUGACAUUUAAAGCUGAAAGGAACAUUAUGGACAUUAUGGAUUUCCUUACUGAGAGUCAAGAUGAGAUGAUUAACACCACUCUUACAUCUUUUCAUUAAAUAUGAAGCUACAGCUGACAGCAGGUUAGCUUAGCUUAGCUUAGCACACAGCCAGGAAAUGGGCAAACAUCGAGCCUGGUUGUGUCCAAAGGUAACAAAACAGCACCUCUAAUUAACACGUUAUAAUUUUUAGUGUUUAUAAUUCGCACAAAAGCUGAAGUAUAAAGGCAGCCAUUUGUGGUUUUAUGAGCAGACUAUUUCUUGUGCAGUAUCUUCACAAAUUUUCUAGGGCUGUCAAUCAGUUAAAAGAAAUUACCCCGUUAAUUGUACAAUUUUAAUUAAUCAUGAUUAUACCUUUUUGUUCCUUCUCAAGACUGAAGCUUGCAAUAAUGGAUAUUUAAGUGUAAAAUCUGUUUAACUCAGUUAGUGCCAAUGGCUGCAGCAAAUGUUAUUUCGUAGCUCAGCUGCCACAGGAAGUAAACGAAACACAGCAGUGUCAACUGUGUACAUUUUUAUUAAAGCGUUAAAUAUUUCCAAAAAAAUGCAAAAAAUAUUUUGUUGAGUUUGCAGCAGUAAGAUUUUCAUUUGUACGCCAUGGAAUUAAACAAAAGGGUUAAAUCAUGUAAGUAGAUUAGAUAGUAGAUUUUGUUACCUCUGGAACAAAAUGGACGCCAGAAAAUGGCCCCUGUAAUACACAAAGAUGAACGUCAUGCAGACAUCAGGAAUCUUACACGUUAAUGUCAGAGAUUACAAACCAAAUAUUUUCACAAAUCUGGAGGGAUGUCUUAGGGCUGGGUGAUAUAAUGACUAUGUACAAUAUAUUGAUAUAUUUUAAAGCAGGAUCUAGAUUUAGACAGUACCGUUUAUAUCGAUACAGGGUCAAGCUACGUUUCAAAAUGCUAAUCUUCGGAAAAGCCAUGCCAGUGUGCCUCUCUUCUCUCACACUCUCUGUUCUCCAUCAACACUCACACAGAGCUGCCCCUAUGUUAAAUCCAUCUGUUAAUUAGUCUACAGUGUGACAUCAGUCUAUAUGUUGCACAUGCUGCACUAAAUCAGUCUGUGACAUGGAUGAAGUUACUGCAGUAGCACAUGUGCAGGACGGCACUGCGCUGUCCUAUUGGUAGCUGUAUUCUAUUUUGUGACAUGGAGACAGCGCGACAACACAGAUGUUUCAUAUACAAGACGUAUAUAAUGUGGACAAAGUGUCUUUUGCUCCUUCCCUCCCUCGGCCUCUCUGUUGAUGCUCUGUGCAUAAAUAAGAUUAUCAGCCUGAAUAAAUGAAAAUACUUAAAUUAUUUUCAGCACUAGAUUCAUUUGAAAGUCCAACAGAUGGAAAGCGACUUUUUAACUUCACACAAAGAUUUUAAAUUGUUUCAAACUACAAUGGAUUUAGACUUACUUGAUACCUUUAUACUCACGUUAGUUUAGUGUCCUGAGCUGCGAACCUUAAAACCUCUGUAGCUCCAGUGCUGUGUGCAAAAAGUUAACGUACAGCCCUGCUAUUAAUAGACAUGUUGUGCAGCUGUAUAUUUUGCCAUUUUGUGGAAAAUGCAGAGAUAUAUAUAGUGUAUCGCCAGUCAGCCUGAAAAUAGAAAUAUGAAUUUUCGUCCAUAUCGCCCAGCCCUAGCAUGUAUGAUCAUUUUAAAGCUCAAUACCUGCUACACUUCAGGUAUGUUUUUUUCAAAGGAUCUUUACUUCAGUUUCAUACAACCAAAAUUACAAGACUCCAUUUUGUUUUUAAAGUACAGGUGUUUGUAUCGUGUAAAACUUGAGCCAGCUUUAUCAAUCUGUGUUAGUCUUUUCGAUGGUCUCCUGCUUUUAAAUAGAAACAGAAUGUAUCUGUAAAUGUGCCUUUAAAUGAAUAUUUAAUAGAGUAUUGUAGACACUGUGGGUUUCCUGCUGUAUUUUUAAUUACUUUUUCAAUUUCAAACCAAAAAUGAUUUAUAGAAAAUCUAUGGUAAAGCUUUAUUUUUCGGAUUAAAGGGUAGAACCACUCGAUAAAGUAAAUAGUAUAAUUGUACUUUUACAUAAUGAAAACUACCUGAGGUAAUUCUCUGCUGUCACACCAAAUUAUAUGUGUAUUUUAAAAUGACUCCAAUGACUGUUUUAAUGAUCUGACGAGUUAUGCUCAGGUCGACUGAUGGAAAUUGGUUUGACUGAACUGGGGGUCAAUUCGCUUUCAGUUAUCUUGAUGAGGAGUAAAUUCAGCGGUGACUUUAAACUCCAAAGAAACACUUUAACACUUGCACCAAAACUUAUAGAGUGUAAGCUCCUCCAUAAAACAACAACUUACAGUUUUAUCACAGUGGAGCUCUGUGAUCAGGGGCGUAAUGUUCAGACAGCGCCGUCUGCAACACCAAAGUAUAAACGGGAGAAAUAAAACAGAUCCCUGCUCAUUUCAAGCCAGUGAAACUGAAAAUGAACGGACCCCCAAAUCCUGGAAACACGUGCUGUAGAACAAAAAGUAUAAAUGUAUAUUUUAGUCAUCAUGGAAAGAGCUUUUUAGUUCAUAGGUUUGAAUAGGAUGAAUGAUUUUUUUACCUGAAGGUGGGUCGAAGUAGGUGAUUGUAGUCGUGUAUUUAUGUGAUUAUUUAAUGUGUUAUUUAAUGUCAGCCAAAGAGGAAGAGGAGGAGGAGGAAGAGGUGUGUGUCUGUGUUUGGCUGCUGCAGAACAAAGUCGAGGUUUAAUGUGUAAAAAUGUGUAAAACAUGUCUGUUGAUCUGUGGAGGUUCAGGUGGAGCUGUACUGAUGGAAAGACAAGGAAGAGGAGGAGGUUAUAAAACAAAUUAAACAGUGA